AUGCUCGCGACAGGCUCGUCCGACAAGCACUUGCUCCCCACCACGGCUACUACCCUUGCCCCCGGUGGCCGCGAGCCAACGGCUCUCGCCGUCGGCUCGCCACCGGCGUGCGCAGGGUCAGGCAACCCGUUCUUUGACCCUCCGUUCGGAGCGCCGCCGGCACUGCAGAGCCCCAAAUCCGAUGCGGUGCAAGUUGGCGAGGUGCCGUCGAAGGGGCCGCGAGGCUCGCCCCCGGCGGCGGCCUCUGCGGCAAAGAAGCGGAAGCCCGCCAAGCCAUUCACGAUCCGUGCAGCCCACGACUGCGGCCUCUCGCCGUAUGCCCCGCCGAGCGCUCCAGUGCUGUCCAGCUUGCUCUCACCGCCCGCCGGGUUCGAGUCGCCGCCGGCGGGGUUCGACUCGAGUCCCGCAGCCCCGCUCGCCGCCUCGCUAGCCCCACAUGCUGCGGACUGGGAGGCGGCGUUCGAAACUAGCUAG